GACGUACACGAGUUCCCUGGUGAGCCAAUGCCUCCAGAGCGGCAGGCCCGAACAAUGUUCCCAGCUUUCACCAUGAACGGACACGAUACUGAAGUUUGCUGUGUCAGCUGGAGCCGCACAGGAAGAUACAUAGCUUCAAUGGAUGACGAACACUUCCGAAUAUGGAGUGCUGACAAUAUCGCAGCUAAUGAGGUUAAGCGCACAUCAAACUGUGAGACGAUCAAACCUUACGAGCUGUGUGAAUCUGAGAAGACUACUUUGCUUGUGCACAGAUACAUCGCUUCAAUGGAUGACGAACACUUCCGUAUAUGGAGUGCUGACAAUGUCGCAGCUAAUGAGGCUACGCGCACAUCAAACGUGGAGACGAUCAAACCUUACGAGCUGUGCGAAUCUGAGAAGACUACCUUACUUGUGCAUAGGAUGACGAUUGGUCGGGAUCGCAUAAGCAGCGCUACCUCUCCAUUAACCUUUGUAACUCCAUCGCGCAAGCGGAAGGAGCCUUUUGCGAGUCCUAUAAAACGGCUCAAAACCCCUACAAAGUCUCCUAAUUCAAAGAUAAUGAAGUGA